AUGUCGACAGAAAUCAGAUAUUCCGUUCCGAUUUCUACCCUUAUAAAGAUGAUGCAAAUGUGGAGAAACCCUAAAACCAAUGGAGUUCUGCCACCUGGCUCAAUGGGCUUCCCUCUCAUAGGAGAAACCAUUCAGCUAGUAAUUCCAAGCGCCUCUUUGGACCUCCCACCUUUCAUCAAGAGCAGAAUCAAAAGAUACGGGUCGAUAUUUCGGACAAACAUAGCGGGUCGGCCCGUGGUAUUCACGGCGGACCUGGAGUUCAACCACUUUCUGCUCCGGCAAGACGGGAAAUUAGUGGACACGUGGUCGAUGGACACGUUUGCGGAGGUGUUUGACCAGGCAAGUCAAUCUUCUAGAAAGUACACGAGGAAUUUGACGUUGAAUCACUUUGGAGUUGAGGCUCUUAAGGGAAAACUUCUCCCUCAGAUCGAAGUUAUGGUCCGGAAAACUCUUUCUUCUUGGUCGAGUCUCGAUUCUGUCGAAGUUAAAAGUGAAUCGGUUACGAUGGCGAUUGAUUUUGCGGCGAAGCAAAUAUUCAGCGGCGAUCUCGAGAACGCGCCGUUGAAGAUGAGCGACAUGUUUAGGGAUUUGGUCGAAGGACUAAUGUCGUUCCCAAUAAAUCUUCCCGGUACUUCACAUCAUAAAUGUCUGCAGACUCACAAGAAAGUUAGAGAAAUGAUGAGAGAUGUUGUGACAAAGAGGCUGUCUGAAACAGAGAGGAAAAAUGGUGAUCUUCUUGAUCAUAUAAUCGAAGACAAGAAAACGGAGUCGUUUAUAAACGAGGAUUUCAUAGUUCAGUUAAUGUUCGGUCUGUUUUUCGUCACGUCCGAUUCUAUUUCCACUACCUUAGCUUUAGCUUUCAAGUUGUUAGCUGAGCAUCCUUUGGUCUUGGAGGAAUUAACUGCUGAGCAUGAGGCAAUAUUGAAGAAGAGAGAAAAGUCAGACUCGAAUCUGAUGUGGAACGAAUACAAAUCGAUGACAUUUACUCUUCAGGUGAUUAAUGAAGUUUUGAGGCUAGGGAAUAUAGCUCCAGGGUUCUUUCGUCGAGCAUUGACGGAUAUUCCAGUAAACGGAUACACGAUUCCGUCGGGAUGGGUGAUAAUGAUUGCUACAGCCGGUCUUCACCUAGACUCGUCUCAAUUCGAGGAUCCACUUAAAUUCAACCCUUGGCGUUGGAAGGAAAUUCAAGCGAGCGUUGUGGCGAAGUGUUUCAUGCCGUUUGGUUCGGGGAUGAAGCAAUGUGCAGGUGCAGAGUAUAGUAGAGUGCUUUUGGCGACAUUUAUUCAUGUUUUGGUCACAAAGUAUAGAUGGGGUUUAGUUAAGGGAGGGAAAAUUGUUAGGUCACCCAUCAUCAGAUUCCCAGAUGGAUUUCACUACAAAAUCUCAGAGAAAGUGAACUGA